GUGCGCAUGCACAAGUCGUCAUGUCGUAUUGUAUGGAGCAUGGAGGUAGAAUGUAUGGAGACACUCACUAUAAAUUUAUGAUUUGUAACAUGCUCUGACAUGUCAGCCCACUGGCACCAAAGAAAGGCUUCCAAGUAAGUGUCAGGGCUGUGUGUCACCAUCUGCUACGUAAGCCACAUCAUGGGAGUUCAAGGUUUAUGGAGACUGCUUGAGUCAACAGGAAGACCAGUAUCAUUGGAAUCCUUAGAAGGCAAAGUACUUGCUGUCGAUGUGAGUCUGUGGUUACAUCAAGCAAUGCGUGGCAUGAGAGAUGAUAAAGGCAAUGUUGCAGCCAAUGCUCACCUGCAUGUCCUCUUCAGCCGAAUCUGUAAACUUCUCUUCUAUCGCAUCAAGCCCGUUUUUGUCUUUGACGGGACUGUUCCGGAACUUAAAAGACAAACAAUGGUUGCUAGGAGACAGAAACGGGAGAUUGCUGCAGGGAGAUCAAAGAGGACAUCUGAAAAGAUCAUUAAGAAUUACCUACAAAGCUUUGCGCUUCAAGCCGUCAUGGGAAAGACAAGUGGUUCUCAGAGCAACACAGCCCCGAGACUCAAGGUACCAGCUGAACCAGAUAUGUUUGAGCUCCCCUCGGUCACUCCAGCUAUGUUGCAGGAUUCAUGGAGUGAGUCCGAUUCCGAUGACGAGCCUGAUCCGAGAACUGACCAUCUCAGUCGUUACCAGAAUCUAAAUGACAUUGAUAUUGACUCAGAAAACUUCAAGGCCCUACCUCCAGAGAUGCAACAUGAGCUUAUCAUGGAAAUGAAAGAGAACAAGAAAAAAAACUCCUGGAAGACAAUGGACCAACUUCCAAAGGAAUCUUUCGAUUUCUCGAAUUACCAAGUGGAAAAACUCCUACAGAAAGGCAAGAUGACAAAACGCAUUGAUGACCUGCGUAAAGAGAUGAGUGAACGUAAUGCUGGGGCCAUCGCGUCCAUGUUGGAAGUAGACACUGAUAGCUCCCAUGCAGUGGAAGCAGGUCGCAUCAUGUCGCAGGAUUUACAACACUACCUACUGGUCAAGCGGCAUUCCACAAAGAUGGACGAGGAUCAAAGUGAAGAACCCGCUGAGGGUGCAGACUUGGAGGUUUCGCUACAACUUUCCACACAUGAUAGUGAAAUUCAACAGGAAGGUCAAAGGUCAGAUGAUAUCAGAAGUCACAGUUCACCUGAGAUGCCCUGGGAAUCAGAUGCCAUCAUCAUUGAUGAUAAUGAGCCAGAGGUAGAUUCCAAAGGUGGAGCAGAAAUUGCUUACGUCAUCGACAGUUUCUCAAAGGAGAGAAACAGUUCAAUGCAAUCAGAUUCGUUGAGCCAACAAUUUGUAAAAGCUGGAGAAGAAUCAACUAACACUGGUGGUGUCGUUGAAAUAGACCUCAAAGGUCAAAGUUCAGACAGUUUUGUUAAAAUUCUUCGAGUAGACUCACUGGUCAAAAAUGUAACUGGUUUUUUGGAGAACAGAACUGAAGAAGACAAAAAGACAGUCUUAAAUAAUGAUUGUCAAAAAGAUUCCACAUCCAUUUAUCUCCAAGAACAGAAACAUUUAGAAUCUGGCUUGGUUGAUGAAGCAGAGGCUUCUAGGAUAAAAUCCGACAGACAGUCCCAAAAUGAAGCAACUAGUGAAUUGGAACAGAUGCUGUUAAUUGAGUUGAUGCCUCCCAAGGUAGUUGAGGGAACUGAAGAUCUUGGCAAAGAAUCCCUGCAGCCAGCAACUCCUAAUGCCAUUUCAAUUGGUGCAGCCAAAGAGAGGCUUGUUGCCAUAGCACCAAGUGGGCAGGUGAUACAGGAAGUCUCAGAUGUGUCAAAAAUGAAUGAAAGGCAGACUGAGGUUGCGGAUGAGAAAAUGAUGGACACAAAAGAUGAAUCUUCCAGUGAUGAUGACUUUGUGGAAGUAGUUGAUCAGUUACGGAACCCAACUCUUGAAGAGGAACUAUUUUCUGCCCAUGCAUCCGUGCCAUCUGUUGAUGUGAGUGAAAGAUCAAAUCUAACCUUGUCACCAAGACACUCUCCAGAUAUCUACACAGGGGAGUUUUCUGAACCCAGAUCCGAUGCUGUAGUGUUAGAGACGACCAAUGGAAGGAGGACUCAUCAAGAUGAAGAGAUUGAGGGAGACGAGACAGAGGAUGUUGAUGAAGAGAUGCUGGAGGAGGAUAAUGAGAUAGAGAGGCUUCGCGAGGAAGCCAGACAGGAAUGGCUAGAGAUGAAUGUGGAUGAUGUGCCACAGCUUCAGGAGAAUCUGGAGGCUAAGCGUCAGAUGCUUCAGACAGAGAGAGGCAAACAAGACCGAGUAGCUGCAUCCAUCACUGACUUGAUGUAUGCAGAGAGCAAGGAAUUACUGGAACUGUUUGGCAUCCCGUACGUUGAGAGCCCUCAAGAGGCUGAGGCACAGUGUGCCUUCUUAGAUCAGACGGAGCAAACACAGGGCACCAUCACCGAUGACAGUGAUGUCUGGCUGUUCGGAGGAUGCACUGUCUACAAGAAUUUCUUCUCCAAGGGAAAAGAUGUGGAAUGCUUCAAGAGCAGUGAUGUGGAGAAACAAAUGGUCUUGGAUCGUUAUAAGUUGAUCGUUCUUGCUAUGCUCCUUGGCAGUGACUACACCGACGGAAUCAAGGGAAUUGGUUGGGUGACUGCCAUGGAGGUUUUGACUCAGUUCCCUGGCCAAGGAAUGGACUUGCUCAAAGCUCUCAAAUGCUGGUGGGAUGUCGCCCAUGAGCAGUUGAUGCCUCCUGCAGAGUCCCAGCUUAAAGGCAAGCUGCGAAAGUUGGCCUUACCACAGUCAUUCCCCUGUCAGCAGGUAUUUGAUGCAUACUUGUCCCCCAUCGUGGAUGAAUCCAUGGAGGAAUUCAGUUGGCAGUCUCCAGAUCUUGGUCUUCUCAGGGAUUUUGCUAAGGAUAAGCUUGGCUGGACUAGAACCAAGACGGAUGAGAUUCUUCUCCCAGUAAUGAAGAAACUGAACGAGAAAGGGACCCAGAGUAAAAUCACCGCUUUCUUUCCAUCUGAGGGAGGAGAGCCUCGUAAGGUUACCAGCAAGCGUCUGAAACGGGUCUUGAGACAUCUCCACAAUCCACAAGCAGCUGAACAAAAUGAGGAAGAAAAGAAGAAAGGAAGGAGGCAAGGACAGAGUUAUAGGAGGAGCAAGAAGGAGGCAACAAAGAGGAAAACUGGACAAAAGAAACACAAUCAAGACUUUGGAACUGUCAAGAAUGAGGCAGUUUCUAUAGAAACGUCUGAGGGUGGAGUUGACAAGGAUGACACAAUGAAUAAAAGUACAGAUUCUGAUGAGGACCCUGAUUCAAGUGAAGAGUACAUCACAUCAAAGAAAAUAAAAUUGCAGAGUGAUUCUAUGGAGUCUUCCUCCCCCAGCCUACGUAGAAGUCACAGAACUAGUGGAAGGAAGGCCAAUUAUGAUGAAGAUAUACAAUCCCCUCUCACAGAAUUUCUUGAAAUAGAGGAAGCCAUGACUCGUAAAACGGAGGGUGUUAUUCCAGGAAUGGCGACAAAUCUAUGUAGAAAUGGAGCCGGUGAUGAAACAUUUGCCAGUCAUUCGCAGACAGAGAAGCAUGAAGAAAAUUCAAAGCUUUCUGUAGAGAUAAGUGACCCUCUGUCCAGAGUUGCAGAACCAACAGAAAUAAGGAAUAAACUGUCUCUGUUCAGAAGUGGUCAGGUUAAAAAAGGCAGGGGUCAAGGGGUGAAAGGGCAACGGGGGAAGGGAAAAGGUCAUGCUGGGCUGAAAGGAAAAGGAAAGGCCAGUAGUUUGAAGGGUUUGGGUGGUCAAGGACAUGGAGGGCCCCGACUUUCAGAGAGUAGUUGCAGUGAUUCUGAUGAGUAAGGCUUGCCUUCAUGGAUGCAGUGUGAAACACAAGAGGGCGCUGUUUGAUUUACCCAGGGAAAACCAAAGUGACGGAUUUUCACAGCUGUCUGCAAAUUCUUAUGUAUCUAAUGAGCAUAAUUGUUAUUUAUUGAGGAAAAUGUAUAUUCUCUAUGGAAAUAUUGUAUUUUAAACCUUUAUGCUUGAAUUUAAAUGAAAUUUCUUGACAAGUGCAAAAGUUAGAUUUACAUGUUUUCCCAGAUAUAUUUAUUAAACACAUUUGUAAGAACUUGAGUACAGAAAAAUGAAGUAAUUGCUUGUAAAGUCUGUCAUUUAUGAAAUGAAGGCAGUUUUUCUUGCAUAUGGUAGUUGGGUUUGAUGUAAUUAAAAGUAAUGCGUUUGUGAUAAACUUAAAUGAAGUACAUUUGGAUUUUGCAAUUACCAAAUACUGAUGCCUUGUUUCAAAAUUGUGAUCUUUUUUCUUAAAUGUUAAUAAAACCAAUGAAAAAGGUAGCGUGACUUUGUUAUCAGUAGAUCGAAGGUCGUGUGGCCUCGUAGACGAGAUGCUUACGCAAAUAGCAACACGUGACAUUAUAUA